UCGAUGCAAAUGAUCUUUAUCAGGGACAGAAUUUCAGCAAGGUUCUCAACUCUCUAGUUGCUUUAAAUAAGGUGACUGCAGACAUAGGACUGGGAAGUGACUCUGUAUGUGCACGGCCCUCAUCUCAUCGGAUAAAGUCUUUUGAUUCCCUUGGAUCCCAGUCUUUGCACAGUAGAACUUCAAAACUCUUUCAGGGACAAUAUCGGAGUUUGGACAUGACAGAUAACAGCAACCAUCAGUUGGUGGUGAGAGCAAAAUUUAAUUUUCAACAGACAAAUGAAGAUGAGCUUUCUUUUUCAAAAGGAGAUAUUAUUCAUGUUACAAGAGUGGAAGAAGGAGGCUGGUGGGAAGGAACUCUAAAUGGCAAAACAGGGUGGUUUCCAAGUAACUACGUACGAGAAAUAAAAUCAAAUGAAAAACCGGUCUCCCCCAAAUCAGGUACUUUGAAGAGUCCUCCUAAAGGCUUUGAUACAUCUGCAAUUAGCAAAAGCUAUUACAAUGUGGUGCUACAAAAUAUUUUAGAAACAGAAAAUGAAUAUGCUAAGGAGCUACAGACAAUACUUUCAAACUACCUGCGACCAUUACAAGCCAGUGAAAAGUUAAACUCGACAAAUACUUCAUACUUAAUGGGAAACCUGGAGGAAAUAAGUUCUUUCCAGCAAAUGCUUGUACAGUCUUUAGAAGAAUGCACCAAGUUGCCUGAAGCUCAGCAGAGGGUUGGAGGCUGUUUUCUAAAUUUGAUGCCACAAAUGAAAAGCUUAUACCUUGCAUACUGUGCCAACCAUCCAUCAGCAGUAAAUGUUCUCACAGAACACAGUGAGGAACUAGGAGAAUUCAUGGAGAUGAAAGGUGCCAACAGCCCGGGGAUCCUUGUAUUGACCACAGGCCUCAGCAAACCUUUCAUGCGUCUGGAUAAAUACCCCACGUUACUCAAAGAACUUGAAAGGCACAUGGAGGAUUAUCAUCCGGAUCGGACAGAAAUACAAAAAUCCAUGACUGCCUUCAAAAAUCUUUCUGCACAAUGUCAAGAAGUGCGGAAACGGAAAGAGCUCGAACUGCAAAUACUGACAGAAGCUAUCCGCUGUUGGGAGGGAGAGGAUAUUAAAACCCUCGGCAACGUAAUUUAUAUGUCCCAAGUCAUGAUUCAAUGUGCUGGAAGUGAGGAAAAGAACGAAAGAUACCUUCUUCUCUUUCCUAACAUUUUGCUGAUGUUGUCUGCCAGCCCGAGAAUGAGUGGGUUCAUAUAUCAGGGAAAGCUGCCAAUGACAGGAAUGACUAUCACAAAGUUAGAAGACAGUGAGAAUCAUAAAAAUGCAUUUGAAAUUUCAGGAAAUAUGAUUGAAAGGAUACUAGUGUCUUGUAACAACCAGCAGGAUUUGCAUGAAUGGGUGGACCACCUGCAGAAGCAAACCAAAGUCACAACUGUUGGGAAUCCCACCAUUAAACCUCACUCUGUGCCAUCUCACACGCUUCCCUCCCAUCCGGUAACACCCUCCAGCAAGCAUUCGGACAGCAAGCCAAUUCCCCUGACUCCUGCUUACCACACUCUCCCGCAUCCGUCCCAUCACGGGACUCCACAUACCACGAUAAACUGGGGACCUCUGGAGCCUCCUAAAACGCCCAAGCCUUGGAGCCUGAGCUGUUUGCGGCCUGCGCCUCCCUUGCGGCCCUCAGCAGCUCUUUGUUAUAAAGAGGAUCUCAGUAAAAGCCCUAAAACCAUGAAAAAGCUGCUUCCCAAACGCAAGCCGGAGCGGAAGCCAUCAGAUGAAGAGUUUGCACUGAGAAAAAGUACAGCUGCUUUAGAAGAAGACGCACAAAUUCUUAAAGUCAUUGAAGCCUAUUGCACAAGUGCCAAAACACGUCAAACACUAAAUUCAACAUGGCAAGGCACUGACCUGAUGCAUAAUCACGUCUUGGCUGAUGAUGACCAAUCAAGUCUAGACUCCUUGGGUCGUCGCAGUAGCCUUUCUCGUUUGGAGCCUUCAGACCUCUCAGAAGACUCUGACUAUGACAGUAUAUGGACAGCCCAUAGUUACAGAAUGGGGUCUACAUCUCGUUCCCGUAAAGAAUCAGCUCCGCAAGUCCUGCUUCCAGAAGAAGAGAAAAUUAUUGUAGAAGAAACUAAAAGUAAUGGUCAGACUGUUAUAGAAGAGAAAAGUCUUGUUGACACAGUAUAUGCAUUAAAGGAUGAAGUACAGGAAUUAAGACAGGAUAACAAAAAGAUGAAAAAAUCACUGGAAGAAGAACAAAGAGCUCGCAAGGACUUGGAGAAGCUUGUUAGAAAAGUUCUAAAGAACAUGAAUGACCCAUCUUGGGAUGAAACCAACUUAUAACUAUUUUUUUUUCUUUCUAUUGAAAGACCAGUUACAAAACUGAGAAAACUGAGCGGGGAAGCCUUCUGACAUUAGUCAGUGUUGCAUCAAGAGCACUACAAAACAGGAUUUAACUGGAUCUAGUGUUUUUUGUUUUGUUUUGUUUUUUUUCUUGCUCUGAACAUAUAGAAACAGUCAAGCCAUUCACUGAAGCAAUCUGUACUUAAGUGUGGAGACCAUGGAUCCUGAACUCUACUAAACUUAAUUUGUUUGCAUCUAAAUUACCUCAUUUUGCAGAAAGUGCAGCACCUGACUAAAAAAGUCCAUGUUUUUCAGUGGCUUUUUAAUUAAAUAUAUAUUUUUUUCUUGUAAAUAUCUGUAAUUUUGAAUGCGUAUGUGAUUGAUGUAUCAGGGCAAUACUUUUUUUUCCCCCCUCCUGUUAUUAUAAUGGUUGCAAGUAUUAGAAAUGAUGGCAGUAGUCUCUCAGAGUUCUUUGGAAGGUCAGAGUUCUUUGUCGAUAAUUAUGAAUUUGUUCCAAAUUACCCAUUUGUCACGCAAGCAAAUUUAAGAUGUUUUUCCUGUUGACCACUGUAUUUAAAUUUGCUUAUUUAUG